GCCGGGCUUGCGUCCUCGGUGGUCUCUCAGCCGCCAUGGACGCUGCCGCGCGCUGACAGUGCAUGGAGAGUCGCGGAGGGGCUCCCGGGCCCUACCGGGCCACCAAGCUGUGGAAUGAAGUGACCACAUCCUUCCGAGCGGGAAUGCCCCUGAGGAAACACAGGCAACACUUUAAAAAAUAUGGUAACUGCUUCACAGCAGGAGAAGCCGUGGAUUGGCUUUAUGACCUAUUAAGAAAUAAUAGCAAUUUUGGUCCUGAAGUUACAAGGCAACAGACUGUUCAACUACUGAGAAAAUUUCUUAAAAAUCAUGUUAUUGAAGAUAUCAAGGGCAGAUGGGGAUCAGAAAAUCUUGAUGACAAUAAUCAGCUAUUCAGAUUUCCUGCAACUUCUCCACUUAAAACACUUCCACGAAGACAUCCACAAUUGAGAAAAAACAAUAUUGACAGUUUUUCCAAGGAUAAAGAGAAUGUUUUUAAGUUACGAAACUUGUCCGGUCGCACUCCCAAGAAGCAUGUAUUACAUUCCUCUCAGGAAACCACAGAGAAAGUAAAUGAUGAAAUCAGAGAAGAUCAAAAAAACUCAGGAGAUUAUAGAGAAAUAAGCCAGGAGGAUGUUGAAGAAGUUUGGCGAUAUAUCAUUCUGCUCUACCUGCAGACCAUUUUAUGUGUGCCUUCCCUAGAAGAACUCAUAGAUCCAAACCAAGUAAUUCCUCAAUAUGUGAUGUACAACAUGGCCAGCACAAGUAAACGCGGAGUAGUUGUGCUACAGGACAAAUCAGAUGAUCUUCCUCACUGGGUACUAUCUGCUAUGAAGUGCCUAGCAAAUUGGCCUAGAAGUAAUGAUUUGAGUAAUCCGACUUAUGCUGGGUUUGAGCGCGAUGUAUUCAGAACAAUUGCUGACUAUUUUCUCGGUCUCCCUGAGCCUCUACUUACUUAUGAAUAUUAUGAGCUAUUCGUGAACAUUUUGGUCGUGUGUGGCUGCGUCACAGUUUCAGGUAGAGCCAGUGGGAAACGUGAAAUCGGAGAUGAUCCACAGCCUUCAAAGCUCCUUCACCUAACCAGUUUGAAUUCCUUCAAAUCAACUGAAUGUCUUCUUCUCAGUCUGCUUCACAGAGAUAAAAACAAAGAAGAUUCAGAUUCUGCUGAGAUACCGCAGAUAAGUGGACAAGGAUUCCAAGAAGGAUGUGCUAAGAAAAUGCAGCUAGUUAAUUUGAGAAGCAGAAGAAUCAGAGCUAAUGAUGCCAUGGGAGGAAGCUGCCACAGUUUGAUAGGCUUGAGUGGUUUGCACGUUCUGUCUUCUGACGUCAGACCGAGGUGUUCUUCUUUGGAGGGAAUUGUAGAUGCGCCAGGUUACUCCCUUAAGAAGGUGCCCAGUGCCUUCCGUGAUUCUGUUCUGAAUGCAGAACAACAAGAUAGUGAACAAUGUUUAGAGUUGAAGCCCAAACACAGGUCCCUGUUGAAUCUCCAUGCAGAGAGGCGGGCUCCCAAGCCGCUCUGCAGUGGUGGCUCCAAGAGAACUUGUGCUUCUGCUGUGGAAGACCAAGAGGCAUCUUGUCGUGGGGAUUGCAAGCCCAAGCAGCUGUGCAGAUCCCAGAGUCUGCUUUUAAGGAGCAGCUCCAGGCAGAACAGCUGUGUGGCCACACGAGUGGCUGAAGUCGCUGUGAAGCCAGGCUCUGGACAAGGCCGCACCAGUGUGCAGAGCACGAUGGCGGGCGAACGCGGGGAGCCUGGUGUCCCAGUCCAUAGAAGACUGUGCCAGAGCACUGUAGAGCUUUCAGGGGACUCUUUACCUCCACCUUCUGCUGUGUUCCCUGGCACACAAAGUCUGCUGCAGCCUCAUUUGGAGAGAGUUGCCGUCGGUGCGCUGCAGUUGUGUUGUUUGUUACUCCCCCCACCGAACCGUAGGAAGCUUCAACUUUUAAUGCGCAUGAUUUCUCGAAUGAGUGAAAACCCCGAUAUGCCCAGACUUCAUGAUGCGAUGGGUACAAGGGCACUGAUGAUCCACACGUUCUCUCGGUGUGUGCUCUGCUGUGCUGAAGAAGUCGACCUGGAUGAGCUGCUGGCUGCAAGAUUAGUUUCCUUCCUCAUGGAUCAUCAGCAGGAGAUUCUGCAAGUGCCCACUUACUUGCAGGCUGCUGUGGACAAACAACUCGACUACUUAAAAAAGGGCCAUGUGGAGCAUCCUGGGGAUGCGCUCGCUGCUCCUGUGCCAGCAUUCUCUUACUGUCAGCAGAUCAGUGCGCAGGAGUUCGAUGAACAGAAGGUUUCUACCUCUCACGCCGCCAUUGCAGAACUUCUAGAGAACAUCAUCAAGAACAAGAGCUUACCUCGAAAGGAGAAGAGAAGAAAGCUAAGGCAGUUUCAGAAGGAAUAUCCCUUGAUAUAUCAGAAGAGAUUCCCAACCACAGAGAGUGAAGCAGCACUUUUUGGUGACAAACCUACCAUCAAGCAACCAAUGCUCAUUUUAAGGAAACCAAAGUUCGGUAGUCUAAGAUACUAAUUUAAUUAAAAAUUAUUGAAUACCUAUGGAACUUUCAUACAAGAAGCCAUAUCUCAGACUUCAGCUCUAGAAACGAAGUCUAUUAUUAAAUAUUCCCUAAAUAAACGUGCUACGUAAGAGGCACCC